UCUUAAUUCAAAUUCCUCUACAUAGGUAAGAGAUCCGCGAGCCAUUUAACUUGACUCUGCAAGUUUGGUUGAUCAAUAUUUGUUGCUGGGUUAGCAAUAAAGCAAUAAAUGGCCAUGGCCACAGCUGUCUUCUGUCCUCAGAGCAUCACCGGAGCCAUAGUGAGCUCAACUAGCAAGAGCAACAAGAGAAUGAACAAAGUGGUAUACGUAAGAGGGCUAAAUUCAUUUGGUGGACUUAAGGCCAGUAAUGGGGUGGUCUCCUUGGGGCUUCCUUUGAGCACUGAGAAAUGCUUUGCUAAGAUUGUGAGCUCAGUGAAAGCCACAGCAUCAAAUGGAAAAGGAAAGGGAGGAGGGGCGCUCUCAUCUAAGUGCAAUGCUGCAGAUGAGAUAUUCACGAUUGCUGCUAUUAUGAAUGGUCUUGUUCUCGUUGGGGUUGCAGUUGGUUUUGUCCUCCUACGAGUCGAAGCAUGGUUUGAGGAGUCCGAGGCAGAGUGAAAGCUUUUAAUCACAUGACCAAGUAAUAUUCAGAAUAGUUGGUUAUAUGUUUGUAUAU